UCUCUCCCUCUCAUUCAAUCUCGUUCCGGUUCGCUUUCCUCCGGUUCAUCCAAUGGCUCAGCCGAUCAUUCUCUCCGACGAAGAACACCAAAUCCCCUUCACAACACCACUUCAAUCUCUCUCCAAGAAGCCCCGAACUGGGCCACGCGACCCAUACCCACACAAAUUCUGGCCCUUGAUGAUGAUCCGACCCCUCAAAAACUGGGUCCCGCCGCCUCACUCUCCUCCACGCCGUCAUUCGUCACCGAGGCUCCGAUGUCCGACCUCGCUAUCGUCAAAUGCACCAUGGCCUCUUCGCUUGAUCCCCAAUUUAGGCGUUGCCAUUAUGUGGAUGAUAGAUCUCAUUGAUAAAAGGAUCAUAAGCACAAGUGGCAAAACCUUGGAGGCAACAAAUGUUAAUUACACAACAAAGGAAUAGCUUGUAGACAAGCAGCCAAAAAAUGGACUACAAGGAUAUUCAAUGGUAAGGUGGCAAACUAAGAUUUGAAAGGAAGUUAUAGAAAGGAAAAUAAGAAUAAGACCUAGGCUAAGAAAAGAGGAGAAAAGAAGUAUUGUGAAGAAAUUGGGUAAAAGGAGAGCUCUAACCUCUCGCAAGUUGGAAAGAGUGUUGCUACAAUGUUUUUUUAGGUUUCUAUAUUAUUUUCUUGGGUUUUGUAUGCUAGAAGUGUAAUGAAAUAGAGAGUUUGAUGUAAAUAUUUUUUUAUUGACAUUCCUUAAUUAUAUUCAAUACAAUUAUCUUUAUAUUUA